AAGCUAGUGUAGCCAGAGAAACUCGAUUCCAAAUAGACUUCUGUAGAACAGUGAUAUCCAGUGACUUACUAUUUUAGCUGCAGAUACAUAUUCUGUAGCACUGGCUGAGGAGAUGUGCAGCAUCUUCAGUUUUUUCAGGCAUAGUGAUCUUCUAACGUGAAAUCAGUUCGAAGGAAAAUUACAUAUAUGUAAGGAUAGAUAGCCUUUUGAAAUAGGUAAUGUGAUCAGUCAAGUCGUUGAAUUGGAUGGCUGCAAAUUUCACAAGAAGAGCAUCCAAGUGAGAUGAGGGUUUUUGUGAACAGAAGUCUAGCCAUGGAAAAAAUUAAGUGCUUUGGAUUUGAUAUGGAUUAUACCUUAGCUGUGUAUAAAUCCCCAGAGUAUGAAUCCCUUGGAUUUGACCUGACCGUUGAACGAUUGGUUUCAAUAGGAUAUCCUCAAGAGCUGCUUAAUUUUGUCUAUGAUCCUACAUUCCCUACCAGAGGCCUGGUAUUUGAUUCUCUUUAUGGAAAUCUACUGAAAGUUGAUGCCUAUGGGAAUAUCCUAGUAUGUGCACAUGGCUUUAACUUCAUGAGAGGAUACAAUGGUUUGUUAAGCCACAGUUUCCAAGGACUGAUGAAAAUAGUUUCUUCUCUAUGGCCAGAUAUCCGAGAGCAGUAUCCUAAUAAAUUUAUCCAGAGGGAUGAUACUGACAGGUUUUACAUUUUAAACACACUGUUCAAUUUACCAGAGACAUAUUUGUUGGCCUGUCUGGUGGAUUUUUUUACUAAUUGUGCCAGGUAUUCAAGCUGUGAGACAGGGUUUAAAGAUGGAGACCUCUUCAUGUCCUUCAGGAGUAUGUUUCAGGAUGUGAGAGAUGCUGUGGAUUGGGUUCAUUAUAAGGGAUCACUCAAGGAAAAGACAGUUGAGAAUCUGGAAAAGUAUGUGGUGAAAGAUGGAAAGCUGCCUUUACUGUUGAGCCGCAUGAAUGAAGUGGGAAAGGUGUUCCUUGCCACAAACAGUGAUUAUAAAUACACCGAUAAAAUUAUGACAUAUCUGUUUGAUUUUCCACAUGGACCAAAGCCUGGUAACUCUCAUCGACCAUGGCAAUCAUACUUUGACCUCAUCCUUGUGGAUGCGCGCAAGCCUCUUUUCUUUGGAGAAGGCACAGUCUUGAGGCAGGUGGAUACAGUUACUGGCAAGUUGAAGAUCGGUACCUACACAGGCCCUUUGCAGCAUGGCAUUGUUUACUCUGGAGGCUCCUCUGACACAAUUUGUGAUCUCCUUGGGGCCAAAGGCAAAGACAUCUUAUAUAUAGGUGACCACAUCUUUGGAGACAUCUUGAAGUCCAAAAAACGUCAAGGUUGGAGGACCUUCCUGGUGAUUCCAGAGCUGGCACAGGAGCUUCAUGUCUGGACAGACAAAAGCUGCCUUUUUGAAGAACUUCAGAGUUUAGACAUCUUCUUGGCUGAGCUAUAUAAACAUUUGGAUAGUAGCAGCAAUGAGCGUCCUGACAUCAGUUCCAUCCAGAGGCGCAUUAAGAAAGUGACUCAUGACAUGGACAUGUGCUACGGAAUGAUGGGGAGCCUGUUCCGAAGUGGUUCCCGACAGACUCUCUUUGCCAGUCAAGUGAUGCGCUAUGCAGACCUCUAUGCAGCCUCUUUUAUCAACCUCCUAUAUUAUCCCUUCAGCUACCUCUUCAGAGCUGCCCAUGUGCUGAUGCCGCAUGAGUCAACCGUAGAACACACCCACGUGGAUAUCAAUGAGACAGAGUCUCCCAUGGCCACCCGCAACCGCACUUCUGGGGACUUCAAAGACUCCGACAAACGCCACCAGCUGACCCGAUCUGUUAGUGAGAUUAAACCACCCAACCUCUUCCCUCAAACUCCCCAAGAGAUCACACAUUGCCAUGAUGAGGAUGAUGAUGAAGAGGAGGAGGAGGAAGAGGAGGAGGAGGAGGAGGAAUAAUGAUAGAAAUGGGAACACCUCCUUCCAUAAAGUGUGGCUGUAGCAGUAAUUGGCAAGAACAGAUUCCCACUUCAGAGUCCUAGGGCAUGGGGUGGGAGGGAAAAGCAAAUCAAAACUAAUCAGAAGCCCUUUGUUCUUAGCAAGUUUAUUCUUUGCAGACCUAUUCCAACUGUAAAGGAUUUUGCACUGGAUGAGGUAAGACAAGAUACCAAUGCCUAACUGCAUUGCUCCUCCCAUGGCACAUGGGAGGAGGGGGCUCCCUGUGUAUUCCUUGUUCCUCUGACUAGUGCAUUUGAUUAAAGCUGCCUCCCAGGGAUGUUUGGAAUUGGUGCAGUGAGGCUGCCCCUCUGUGGGCAGAGAUUCCAGUGGCCCAGUGACAAUUCCUUAGACCUAAUAUCUUUUGACCCUUUUAAGGACAAAGAUGUAUUUCAAUACUUCUGUAUGCAUGGAAAUGACAGUUUACUGCCAGGGCUGAGUCCAUCCCUGUAAAGCACAAGUUUGCUUUCUGCAAUGGUUUAAUCUUCUAAUUCUAGUGGAAUUGGGCUUCUGUUCACUUUCUGUAUUUGAGAGAAGCUAAUUCUAAAGCUACUAUGAUCUCUAUCCUUGGCAUGUGGUGCAUGCGUUCUAGGAUCUUUUUAUGAUCCUUAUGCCGUGUGCUUGUUUUCCCUGAGUUUAUUUUCACUAACAAGUAGUUCCUUAACAGAUUACGUUUCUGCUGUAUUUAAUGAGUAAAGGGAGGAGGAAAGGGUUAUUUGGAUAGUUUUGGGAGAGAACGAGAGAGACAAAUAGUUCCCACGAAGAUGAAAAGCUACAGAUUCUGGAAGGAAAGAUUUCAGGUCUGUGUCCUCUUUAAGGGCAGCCUAUAAGAUUCUGUGAUUGAGUGGGCAGCCACUCUAGUCUCUGGUACCAAGUUCCCUUAGAUGUAGGAGUACAUGGUCCUGGAGCCAUGUCAGGGAGGGAGGGAGACGCAGCCUUCAGCAGGAUGUCCUUAAUGAGGCCACUCUGUUUUACCUCCAUUCCAAGAAUGAGACUAAUUGAAGGUCUGCUCCAUAUUACUUGUAAAUGGCUCUGUGGGCCUGACCUGUUACCCUGUUCAUGCAAUUAUGUGAAAGCACACUUUCCUCUGAAUGCAAGGCGGGUCGACUUUUCUUUUUCAUGCAGACCAGUCACAUAUACUGUUUUCCUGGGAUAUAUAGUGCAUCCCUUACCAUACUGUGCCAUUUGAAUAUAGAACAGAGUCCCUAUUUUAAAGUAUUAGAACUUUUAUUUUGAAUCACUUAAUUGUAAUUGUAAUUAAUCUUAUUCCAUUAUUAAAAUAGAUUGAACAUCAGCAGGACAAAGCCGGUGCUGCUCUUACGGAUUUGGAAAAUUAUAACGUUUCAUAAUGAGCAUUUCUAAUGUAUACAAAAAGAGGGGGUGAGAAGUGGGUUCAUCAGUGUUGUAUUACUUGCCUAACAAUAUGAACAAGGUGAAAGGUAUUGUAAAUAAAACAAGCUUUGAAAUUUA